GCGGGCUUCUUUCUCUCUGAAACUAACGGAUGUAAACAAAACCCGAGAAGUUCCAGUGAACACAGCUUCACGUGAAACAGCCGCUGAAAGCUUUUAAUAUGGUGAACGUUCAACUCGCAGUCGUAGCCAGGUGCUAACACAUUCACCUCUGUGUUUUGGUUUCAUUUACCGACAGCGUUUCGCUCGAUUAAACAACGUGUGCUAUUAGUCCACAGUGUGACCUCAGCAUCGAUCCCUCAUCACCGCUCUGUGAUUGACCAUCUGACAGCGUGGGAGACCUCAAACACGAUGGAGGACGUGGAACUGAAUGAUGGUCCUGCUCCUGACAGCUCCAACGUACAGCGGGAUACCGCAAACAUGCUGAGAAUAAAGCAGCAGAUGUCCAACCAGUGUUUUGAGAUGGCUGUACAGCUCAAUGCAGGAAAGGCAAAGAGGUCAUGCAGCACAUCUGAAGCAGAGAGAGAUUUACCAGAUUACGUCAGUGAGCUGGAAAGAGUCAAGACAAAUCAUUUUAACAGCAUGUUGACUCUACAUAGGAUGCAGAUGUGGCAUGCUAUUGGAGAAAAGCUGAAAGAAAACAAUUCAGAGGCAGAUGCACUGAAAGCUGUAAGCGAUCGCUGCAUGGCUUUUUGUUCACAUAUAAAACAACUUCAGAAAGAGUCCAGAGAUCUUCAAGAUGAAAUUACAGAAGUACAGAAGAAGAGACUUGAGAUGAAACGUCUCACUCAUGAGAAAAUGAAGGAGAUGGAGGAGCUGAUGUCCAGGAAGGAGCACCCGGAUAUAGAGAAAUACAAAGCAGUGCUGGAGAAAGGCCAGGCGAACCUGGAGAAAUAUAAAAAGCUGGCCAUCAUGACCCAGAAUGUCCUGAGGGGCAUCCUCCUGGCCUGUAAAGUCAACUGGCUGGACGAUCCCAAACUUCGAGACAUCGCCAUGACACUGGAGGAGAUUCCCAUCUCUGAUUAGGAAAAGGAAUCUAUUCACUCAUAUUUAUGUUU